UUCGGCGCUUAGCCCUGAAACGGGUCCAGCCGGUAGUGAGCGACGGCAGCGGCGGUGAGGCCGGGGCCCGGGGACCAGAGCGCCGAGGAGGAGCGACAGGAAGGUCUCGAGGCCGCCGCCCCCGGCCACCGCUGUUGCUUGCCCCACCCGCCCGCAUCUCGCUGCAGCCCAGAGCCGAGGAGCCAGCCACCCGCCCGACAUGCCGCUCGCCGGCCGGCCAGCCGCCGUCCGGGCGCCCCGAGCCGCCGCCCCACUCUCCGGGGACCGGGCUCCCCGCGCCCCGCGCAGCUGAGGGCCGCCGUAGAUCACCAGUCAGAAUUUUGGAGGUCAUAAACUCUCCAAUGGUGGAGGUAAGCCAUGGCUGCAGAUGAUAAAGUUGCUAUCUUAACUGAUGAUGAAGAGGAACAGAAGAGAAAAUAUGUGCUUGCUGAUCCAUUCAAUGGCAUCUCCAGGGAACCAGAACCAUCUUCCAAUGAAACACCCUCCUCUACAGAAACUUCUGCUAUCCCCGAGGAGGAAAUAGACUGGAUAGAGAAACAUUGUGUGAAAAUAAACAAUGACCUUCUCAUUUCCAAGGUUUUUUAUUUUUUCUUUUAUUCUGCCUAUGGCUCUCUUUACCCACUUUUGCCUGUAUAUUAUAAACAGCUGGGAAUGUCCCCCAGCCAGAGUGGACUGCUGGUGGGUAUUCGAUACUUCAUUGAAUUCUGCAGUGCCCCCUUUUGGGGUGUAGUUGCAGAUCGUUUCAAAAAAGGCAAAAUUGUCCUUCUCUUUUCACUUUUGUGUUGGGUUUUAUUCAACCUGGGCAUCGGCUUUGUCAAACCUGCUACCUUGAGAUGUGUACCAAAGAUUCCCCCAACAGCUCGCCCCACCAAUGUAAGUCACCCAGUAACGGUCCUGCCUGUGAAUUCCUCUACUCUCUCUUUCUUUACCACACCACCAAAAAUUCGAGAGAAAAGGAACCUGUUGUCAUUGAUGCCGCAAACAGGGCCCAAUGUCUCAGACACUGAUCUCUUGUCAACAGCUUUGGUCUUGACCAGUGAACCCAUGCUGGAGCCCCAGACACCUAAAAUUACUGACAGUGUUAUAGACUUGAUUUUGAAUACAAGCACAGUGACCCUUGCUCCCACAGGAAAUGUCACCAGGGAGACAACCACUGCUGUUGUCACCACCUCCAAACCUCUACCAUCUGACCAAGUCAGCCUUGUUUAUGAUCAACAAGAAGUGGAGGCAAUAUUCUUGGUGAUCUUGGUAGUGGUCAUAAUAGGAGAAUUUUUCAGUGCCUCUUCAGUCACCAUUGUGGACACAGUAACCCUCCAGUACCUGGGAAAACACCGAGACCGCUAUGGGCUGCAGCGCAUGUGGGGCUCACUGGGCUGGGGCCUAGCCAUGCUGUCUGUGGGCAUUGGCAUCGACUACACCCACAUAGAAGUGCUCAUUGAUGGGAAGGGCUGUAAGGCCCCUGAGUACAGGAACUACCAGAUCGUCUUCAUCGUCUUCGGCGUUCUCAUGACCAUGGCCUUGAUUGUUGCCACUCAGUUCCGGUUCCGCUACAACCACUUCAAAAACAAUGAUAGUAAAGGGAAAGAGGUGGAGAUCCCUCAGGUGGAAAGGAACAACUCCACAGAGUCCUCUGAGGAUACCCCAACUGCCACAAGUCACUUACAGGCCUUCAACUUCUGGGACUUGAUCAAGCUGCUCUGCAGUGUGCAGUAUGGCUCGGUGCUGUUUGUGGCCUGGUUCAUGGGUUUUGGAUAUGGCUUUGUCUUCACCUUUCUCUACUGGCAUUUGGAAGACCUGAAUGGAACUACAACCCUCUUUGGGGUCUGUUCAGUCUUGAGCCACGUGUCUGAACUCACAGCUUACUUUUUCAGUCACAAGCUUAUUGAAUUGAUUGGCCACAUCAGGGUUUUGUACAUUGGCCUGGCCUGCAAUACAGCUCGCUAUAUUUACAUCUCCUACCUGGAAAAUGCCUGGACUGUUCUCCCCAUGGAAGUUCUUCAAGGAGUGACACAUGCAGCCAUCUGGGCAGCAUGCAUCUCUUACCUCAGUGCGGCUGUUCCCCCAGAACUGAGGACAUCUGCACAAGGCAUCCUGCAAGGCCUUCACCUGGGUUUGGGGAGAGGAUGUGGUGCCAUGAUCGGAGGUGUGCUAGUCAAUUAUUUUGGGGCUGCUGCAACCUUCCGAGGGAUUGGCAUGGCCUGCCUGGUGAUCCUCCUGCUCUUUGCCCUGAUCCAGUGGCUGGCAGUGCCAGAUGAGGAAGAAGACAAGACAAUGUUGGCAGAAAGGAUUCCUGUUCCUUCUAGUCCUGUUCCCAUAGCAACUAUCGAUUUGGUACAGCAACAGACAGAAGAUAUCAUGCCACGCAUUGAGCCCAGACUUCCACCCAAGAAAACCAAGCACCAGGAAGAACAGGAGGAUGUGAACAAACCAGCCUGGGGUGUCAGCUCUUCUCCCUGGGUGACCUUUGUCUACGCACUUUACCAAGUUAAAGAGAUGAUGCAACUGACGAAAGACAGCCGCUCUUCUGAGAUUCAGCCUUUGCAGGGGACCAGUGAGAAUCGUGAAAUUUCUCCAGCUGGUGGAACCCAGCUUGAUCCAUGUGAGACUCACUCUGAUCCACCUAGAAACCAACCAUCCCCUGACACAGCAGCAUCUCAAACACAGUCCAGCCCUGCUCACCCCAGUGCUGCCCCACAUGUGGAGGAGAGUGGGGAGCAGUGAGGGCUCCUGAUCAUCUCACACCCUGCAUGGCACUGGGCACCUCAGCCAGGACACAGAAGGCGAGGCCCCCUACCCUGAACAUGCCUUCCCACAGGAACACCGUACUGCACACGCUUCUAAAUAUCUAAAUUCAUUAAUGUGGAAACAACAUACAUGUGAACUACAUUACAUGUUGGUGGGAAAAGAGAAACUGCCACAGUCCUUCUGGAGAUGCAAAAGAAAAUGGUAUUGAGUGAAGACUUCCAGUUCUUGGUUGGUUAAGUGUCUGAUCUCAGGACUUCUCUGCCAGGGCAGUAAGGGUGGAAACAAGCAGUUACACUAAGUAAGUGGAGGGAAUGAAAGGGUCUCAAGUGAAUAUUGACAUAAUUUCCCUCUUCUGAUUAUUUAUUCUAAAUAGUGGGUUCUUAAUGCAAACUGAGAAGAAACAGAAUAUAUCUAUAAUUUUGUCUUCAAGAGAACCAUUUUAAAAAUGAUAAGACCUAUUUAAAAAUGAACCAGAUAAAAGUUAGUAGUACAUAUGCUUUUUGUUUUAAAAAGUUUCAUCAUAAGCUUUGCAUAUCUCUAACAAAUAUAUUUUUAUAUGCAUAUGUUAUAUAAAGAAAAUACUUCUUUGGGCAGCAAAAGCUGUUAUUGACUACUGUGCGUGAACUUGAGCUUUAAAAUGCCUUUGGUUUCAAUGGGCUGUGAAAAUAGGCAGAACUGAGAAAAUAUUUCAAAGCAACUAACCCAGUAUCCUGAGACUUGAUAGACAAUAGUUUACUACUGUAAAUGGCCUCUGUCACUUUAUACUGAUUUGGGCUCUGAUUAGCUGAUGGAAUGAAACAGACAAAACGCUGAUUUCCUAAGGGUUCCUUUAGUAAAGCAGUACUAUUUAUAAAGAACAGUAUAAGAUCUAAGUGCCUGAGGGAGGGACACAAUUUUUGAAAAUUACACAGUAGGUUGGUGGUUUGUGAAGUGGUAAAUAGGAAGCCAAGAAUGGGAAUUAUGGGAAUAAGAAGUACUUUUUAAUGACUGAAGAAACAAAUCCUAGCAUGUUCUUUCCCAAGAAACCGUAGUCAGACACUGGAACCUUCAGGCUUAGGGAUGCAACUAUACAUAUUACUACCAUAGUCAGAGCAAUGGCUAGGUGAUUACACAUACAUCUUGCUGCUAGAAAAGAAAGCAGAGGUUGUAAGGAAAUCUAGGGAGGCCUAUGGAGAAGGGAAUUCUGCUUUAGCUCAAAGAAAGUACAGAUGGCACGGAUGAGCAAUCACAAGAGAGUAAGGAAUGGUUAGAAUCGGAAGCUCACCUUGGCCUCUGACCCUGAGUAGACAGGAUCAGCUAUAAAGGGACAGUUUCUCUUUGGCACAGUUCUGUUCAACCCUGCAUCUGGAAGAAAAAAAUUCCUCACUUAGAUGUCUAGCUUCCCCACAAAACACAGCUUAAAAUAACUGAAAUAGAAUGAAGCAAAUAGUUAUUUUUGCACUUGAACUGUACUGUACUGUCAAUUAUCAUGACUCAUUUUAAGUGACCUUUAAAAUCAGAUGUAUUUAUUAUGCUUGUGUAAUUGCAGAAGUGAAGAAGUGGGUGAUAGGCUGAACCCCACCUAUGAAUGUACAGUAUGUGAAUUUGUGAAACUGACUAGAGGGAGUCAGAACCUUGUAUCUUGUGUUUACAGUUCUGAUAUGUUUCUUUGAAAAGCCUGCUGUUUUGGAAAUGCACAGAGGACAUGUUGAAAUAAAAAGUAAACAUCAUUUUUAAAUAUUUCUUAAAUGAAAAAUGUGACCAAACAAGUAAAAGUCCUUUGCUCUGUAAUGAAUGAGACCAAAUUCAACAUGCCUUUGUUAUGAACUGUUUACUGUGAGCGUUGAUUCAACAAUGCAGUAAUUUCCAGCCUUUUGAGCUGAUACCUUCAUGAGUUUGUGGACUUUGUGACUUUUUCUUCCUGUCCUCAAAGUGCCAUAUGCCACUUAAAAAAAUAUUAAAGUGAAUUCGAAUUAAA